GGGUAAUUGCCUGGGAUGGUGAAACGGUCUAUGAGAAAGCAUUGAAGAAUGUGGGUCUGAAUUCCUCAGUGUUUUGGAAAAUUUUAAGAUGAUCCUCCACGGCGCUGAAUGUCAUUGGGCUGUUCUGCAAAAUUACUGGAACCACAGGGUCUCUGAAAGGGGGCGUGAACUGCUCGUAACUUGCUGAUUCUGUAACAGUUAAACUUGACCUAUUAAAAAAUAUUUAAAAACACAGGUUUAAUACAAAGUAGAACGUCAUGAAGCACUGGCGAAUGAUAUUAUGUUUAAAAGGAAAACAAAACGCUGCGUGAAUUAAGGAAGCCCGUUUGGAAACGCUGAUUCAGAAGAAGAGCUCUUCUGAGCAGUGGGAGGGCAGUUUCCCAUUUUGUUUCACUUUCAUUGUUCAGGCAACAGCGGCAGAAGCAAACAGCAGUCGGGGCUCGGUCUCUGCGCGUCAGCGAGCGAGAAAAUGAAGCGAACGUGCCCGAUGUUGCUGGUGUUGUCUUUCCUGAUUGUAAUAGAUGCCCGUCAGCCUACCUCUGAGGAAAGGAAUGCUGUUCAGAGUAGUUUAUCAAAUGCCAAUAUUUCAGGUUCUGUACAGAGAUGGCCUGUGAAACAACGUUUCCGAAGGAAUGAUAAUUGUCCAGAUUUUCUGACAUCAAGUUGCCAGAAGUGUAAGCCAGGUACUUAUCUGUUAAGCUGCUCUUGCAAUUGUGAGCAGUGUAAAGACGGUGAAUUUACAGAUGCUGAAAAUCUCUUGGAUAAAUGUAAGCGAUGUACGCAAUGCCAAGAGCAUGAUGGUAAGAAAAUGAAAACCAAUUGUACUACAACUCACGACACAAUAUGCACUUGCUUGGAAAAUUUCUUCAGCUUAACGGAUGAACACCAAUGCUACAAGUGUGCACAGUGCGAUGCAGAAACUGAAGAGGUCGAGCAACCCUGUACAGAAACACAGAACACAGUCUGCAGAAAGAAAGGUGGCCAGUCAGUCCCUGUUGCUGCUGUGGUGAUACCGAUUACACUAGUACUUGUAGUAAUUGUUGCAAUUAUUUUGUGCAAGAAAAAGAAACUCCCUCGAUGCAAAAAGGUGUCUGGUGGUAAGCCAAGCAAAUGGAUAAAUGGUAAAGAACAGACUAAACCACCACAGGUACCAGGUACUGUAUGCAAUCCACUGGUCUGUACAGAAAGUUUUCUCAUAGUUUGGCUCUUGGGUUAUAUCCUUUACAGCAUUUUAAAUGAUCAUGCAGAGAUGUGUAGGCCUGUAAUGGGCCAUUGCGAGUCAUAUUGGAAAUUAAUUAUUUUCAGUCAUUAUGUAGUGACAGUGAUGCUGCAUUUAGUUGGUUUUGUUGGUCCAUUUACCUCAGGUCUCAUCAAAUUAUCAGACAUUGAGCUUACUGAAGAACAUUUGCAAUUGAUGGCGAUGGAAAUUGAACCGAGAAUGUACCACGAGCUUGGGAUAAGCUUAGGGCACAGUGAACCUAAGGUGCAGCAGAUUCGAGCUGAUUACCACGACGAUAUAAAGCAACAGGGUUAUCAAAUACUGUAUUCUUGGUUCCAGGCUCAUGGAAAGAAAGGUGCAUUCCCUGCAUUGAUUAACACAUUCUGGAGAAUGGGAUAUGUCACGACUGCUGAAAACAUUAUGGAAAAAAUUAUUCCAAAAGAUGAGGCUACAGUUGAUGCCAACACACUGGAUGGGAAUGAAAAUGGCAGAAUGACCAGUUCGAUGUUUUAGGUCGUUCACUGGUUCUCUCAGGUCCUGUGUCGUCAUUGAUUUUCAACAUUUGUUACAAUUUGCGAGUUAUCAUGUUCAGGCUAGCAUAGUUCUGUGCUCAAAUGAUGUAACUAUCCCAGGCGUGACUGUAUAAAUGAAUUAAAAAUCAGGAUUCCAGCAAAGAUUGGCAAGAAAGAGGAUAUUGCACUGAUCGAUCUAAAAUUAACUACAGUUAUCAUUUAGUUGUAGCAAACAGAAAAUCUCUCCCUGGUACGAUUUUAUUUGCUAGGCAGAUAGAAUCUCAUUCUGUUUACUGUAUUAACAUAGGAAGAGUGAGUUACAUGUGAUGUGCAAAAGAGAUGUCUUCACACUAAGUCUAUCAUGCUAGUGAUUAGACACAGAAUGAGAAACAUCCACUUCUAAUUUAAUAGAGUAACUUGGAUAUGAAUGAAUCUGCUAGUCCAUAGUCAGCAUGGAUUUAUCUAGCUUACCUAUUCCAACAAAACUGUACCUGUCUGCAUUUUAAUCCAAAUUUGACAUCUUUUACACUGAUGUUUGUGACCUUGGGUGGAACUAAUCAGAUUCUUGAGUUUGCCGCAUUGUAUUGAGCUAUUUUAUAUCCUGCCGUAAGUAGCAGUUUGACUACUCCACUUUAUCCACUUUACACUGCUGCAUAGGAAGGUUAGAUUUCUAACGAACGGCUGGAUAGGCUGGGACUUUUUUUCACUGGAGCAUAGGAGGUUGAGAGGUGACCUGAUAGAAAUUCAUAAAAUAAUGAAAGGUAUUGAUAGAGUUGAUGAUACUUGCCUUUUUCCUAAGAUAGGGAAUUUCAAGUACUAGGCAGUACAUUUUUAAGGUGAAAAGAGAAAGAUUUAAGAAAGACAUAAGAGACAAAUCUUUUACACCAAGGUUGGCCUGUCUGUGCAAUGAACAUCAUGAGGAAGUGGUGGAUGUGAGUACAAUUGCAGCAUUGAGAAGACAUUUUAAUGUAUAUACGAGGAGGAAAACUUUGGAGGGAUAUGGGCCAGGAACAGGCAGUUGGGACUAGUUUAGUUUGGAAUUAUUGUUGGCAGGGACUGGUUGGACCGAAGGGUCUGUUCUGUGCUGUAAGACACUACGGCUCUUUGAUUAACUCUGGGUUGCUUGAGGGUGGAAGAAAUAUGGACCCAUGUGUCAGAAGAUAAUUUACAAUACGGGUAUAUCCACCCUCUCGUUCUUCCUACAAUAAGUGACACCUAUGGUAGAUGAAACACAUGUUCACAUCCUCUUCCAAAUUUAAUUUUCUCCUGGAACAGGUCACCUGUGACUGGGUUAGGGUUAGGGUUCGCACAGUUGGUUGUCAGCUCAGGCAUGUACCCUGAGAAGCAUCAGGCUACAUUAAGGACGUCCAAGCAUGGACAUGCUCCCAUUCGUACACCACUGGACACAUUGGCAGGAUUUACAGGGUGAUAAUAGCCCUUGCCAUCAAGUCCUGAUGGAGAGUUUGAAUCCAGAGUCAACCACUUUGCCACAAACUGCUUUGUCAUUUAUUUACUAGCUCAGUUUAAAACCAAUGAAUUUGUCAUGACUUAGUAAAAUCUUCAUGCAUUUGUGCCAAAACAAAACAUCAGACUUAUAUGGCAGAUUAAUCUCAGCCACACUUUCUUUUAUUGCAACCUAUUUUUCAUUGUUCAGAUACCUACUUUUAUUACUAAAAUUUUAACAUUUUUAGCACUUUGUUACAGAAUUUUAUUCGUAUUCCAAUUGAGAAUGACUUUCAACAAUUUAAGCAAAUAUUUUUUGAAAAGUGCAAAUGCUCAAUUGUAUAGUGCAAUUAUUACCAGCAUUGAACAAUGUGGAGAGCAUAGAACAAAAGGAUAUUUUAAGAAACUCCGUGUGUCUCCAAUUACUCGGCAGUGUCUGUCUUUAAGUACACUGCAGUUAUUUUUGCAGUGAGUUACGAGGCAACAGCGCUCUCUACUGACAUUGAAGAACGUUAGCUCAGAGGUCUGCAAUCUCUAUGGUGAGAACUUCCCAUUUCCUGAAGGCAGUUUAAAUCUGGCGGCAAGUCAUCGUUGACUGCAGCCUGUGGGUUCUUCAGUAGUUUCUUAGAAGAGAUGUAGAAUCAGGGACUGUAUUUGAGCUAUUCUGUAAACUUCACAUGUGACUGUCAGUUUCAGUUGGGUAACGAUGCCAGUUGCCGCAGUUUCACAACUAACUGCAGAACAAAAUUUGUUACAUUGUUCCAUGUGCAAUCAUCCUGCUGUGAAAAUGCUCUGUUCGUGCAAGUGCCUGUUUAACAUAAAUUCGUCUUGACUCUUUUUGUGAGUGAAAUCUAGAUUAAUCUCUGAAUUGCAGACAAAGAGCAAAGCAACAAACUUUUUCAACGUACCACUCCGAAGUUUUAAAGAGGUAUGCGCGAUGUAUUAGUGGAUUAAUAUGUUUUGUGCAGCCAUCAAAUUAAGUGCUCGGGCUGUCGUGAUGCAGUGGUAGUCUUCCUUCCUGUGAGUCAGGGGGCCUGGAUUCAAGAACCCCAUCCCCAGAGGUGUGUUAUAACAUCUCUGAAGAGGUUGAUUAGAAAAUAUUGGAAAACAAGCACUGGAAACACAGCAUUGCCCCACUGCUUGACAGCGAGCUGUAAUUUUUAAGGGCGUGUGCAGGCCCAUAAAUCAUCUGCUCAGUUUUCUAAACUAUGGGGCUUACUAAAGGUGCAUCAGCCUGAAGAAAAGUUUACACGUUAAUGAAAACAACACGAAUGCGUAACUCUAUUGUUGUCUCUUUCCUCACUAAUGUGUUCAAUAAAUGCUAAUAUUAAGGAAACAAAAUGAUUGAAAACAAAUUUAGUUGCAACAGUUUUUCUGCUACCUUUAUUAUGAACGCUCAAUUCGUAAUUAGAGUCUGGGGGUAGGUACUGCAUCACUGGGAGCCCUUUCUGUCCGUUAUCCACUUCACGGCUGGUUCAGUUCUUACUCCCCUGACAAGUCUCAACAGCAUUAUUAUUGGAGAGUUUUAUAUUUUCCUGCUAUUGUGUUUUUUUUUGUGUGUGGAGUAUUUCCUAACAGUAAGCUCUAAUACAUACACAACUAAAAUUCAACUUUCCAGAGAGAAGGCAAAGUUAGAAAGUAAUGUCUGUAAGCAGGCCUGCAGUUAAAAAAAUCCUAUGUCACCCUAAGUGAUUAAUAAGAGUGAUACCAGUAAAACAUCGAUGGCCAGUGUGGAAAGAGGCCAUUCAGUCCAUCAAGUCUGCACUGACCCUCCAAAGAGCAUCCCACCCAGAAUCAAAUGCCCCCACCCCGACAUUCCUGUAUUUCUCAAAGCUGCAGACAACUUAGCUAAUCCAUCUAACUUGCACAUCUUUAGACAGGAGGAGGAAGCACACAGCUAGAGGGCAAACAUGCAAACUGCACAGAGAUGGUUGCCCAAGGCUGGAAUCAAACCUGAGUCCCAGAUGCUGUGAAGCAGUAGCACUGAGACACUGUACUGUCCCGGACUGCUGAAAAGUGAAUUCUAGUUUUCCCAGAUAAUGAACUAACAGUGUCAAUCGACAACUGGUCCAUCCAGCCCAGUUAUAAAUAAAUCUUCCAACUUUUUAAUGAGUGUGUA